AUGCCAGAUCGCCCAAGCCUAGACAGGGGAAGUCGAGAACCAGAGGUCAAGUCCGAACAACGGACCUUCCGGCUCAUUUUGUGCAAACAUUUUCCCCGUGUGGACGUAAUACCUCAGCUGAACUUUCUGACGCUUUCAACGCUCGUUCAUGAUAAGGAGAACGCAAUACGUUUUUUGCAAAGACACGGAGUGAUCCAUCAGCAACAUAUAUGCAACGAUGGCCACCAAAUGACACUUUCAACUGCUUCUGACAGGUGUAAUGCCCGACAGUGUCAGCAAGAAAUCGGUCUUCGAAAGAGAACUUGGCUGGAGCGGUCUAGGAUGGAGUUUGGGACAAGAAUUGUAUUCAUUUAUUUCUGGUUCAAAAAUUUGAGGAAUUAUCUAUUAGCCCUACGACCGCUGUUGACUGGAAGAACUUUCUUCGCGAAGUUUGCGCCUGGUGGCUCUUGUAGACUCCAGCAGUUAUCAGCGGCUCAAGUCUACGCGACGAGAUCGAUGAAACGCCAAUAUUUCGCCGUAAAAACCACGCAGGGCGAGACCUUCCCCGCGAUUAGUUAUUCUGUCGGGCGGUUCCAUUGGUUGUUCUUUUUAUCCCGUGUCCUCAUUCGCCGAUCCCCACUUUAUCAGCUCCCGGCUCCAAUGAAUAGCUACCUAAUCCACCUCGCCAAAUCAUCGGCGAACGAAACUGUGGCAGCUAAAACCACUGUAUGA